UGAGAAACACUGAUAUAUACAAUGUUUCUAUUGUUAUUAUUCUCUCUGUUGCUUUGCAUAUACGCUGAGAGCUUCUCUACCGGAGACUAAUUCCCUGUGUGUCUAAUUACUCUCAGCAAAAUAAAGUAUUCAGCUUCAAUUUGAAUUCCUGGAACUGUUCCUUCUCCUUUGCAAAGCUGCUCAAAGCACCAUGACUGCUUUGCAAAGCGUGUCAGCCUUGCAAAGAAAACCGGUUGCACCAAAUUUUCACCUUUAAUGCCUUCUCUCAUUCCUUCCUUCCUUCUCUGUGGCGCCAACAUUCCUAUUAAUGCAAGCUUGGGGGCGGGGGGGGGAGAGGUUUUUGUUGUGCAGAGAGCUGGAAUUCGGAAUCCUAUUCCAUUGCGAAUUCCUCUCCCUGAAGCUGCCCCACAAAUUUUCCUCAAGGUUGGUGAGAAAAAAAAUCUAAUUUUUAAAAGAAUUGUGUAAUACUUGUUUUCCAAUGUUAAAGAAGGCACAUCUGUUUGCACUCGAAUGCCUCUUGGGGUGAAAGGUGAGAAAUGCAGGGAUUGCAUCUGACCAGGGGUGGGUUCGCAGUCAAUCCCUGCAAUGAUAACACCAUCCAACAUCCACCUCUGCCUAUCCCAGGGCCUUGGGAGGAACUUUCUAGGACUGGUUGUGAAACCCUGCCUUGAUUCCUCUAGAACAAGCGAGCUCUCCAUGGCUCAUCUGGGUUUUGCUUGUGAACCUCCUCCUGAUGUCGACACAGAUGACUGUCUUCCGGAAUAUUCAUAUCUCUUCAAGCCUGACAUCCUCCAAGGAAAAGUGGCUUUCAUCACAGGCGGUGGCUCUGGAAUUGGAUUCCGCAUUGCUGAGAUCCUGAUGAGACACAGCUGCCAGUGCGUCAUUGCCAGCAGAAACCUGGAACGGCUGACGGAGGCGUCCAAGAAACUCUCUGCAGCUACCGGCCAGAGAUGCCUGCCCAUCUCCCUUGAUGUACGGCAACCUCAAAGCAUUUCAGCAGCUGUGGACGAGGCCCUCCAAGAAUUCGAGAAGAUCGACAUCCUAGUUAACAACGCGGCCGGGAACUUCAUUUGCCCUGCGAGCUCCUUAUCGUUCAACGGUUACAAAACGGUGAUCGAAAUCGACACUUUGGGCACCUUCAAUGUCUCCAAAGUCCUGUAUGAAAAAUGCCUUCGGGAAAAUGGCGGUGUCAUUGUCAACAUCACAGCGACCCUCAGCUACAGAGGCCAGGCUUUCCAGAUGCAUGCUGGGACCGCCAAGGCGGCCGUAGACGCUAUGACGAAGCAUCUGGCUGUGGAAUGGGGGCCUCAAAGAAUUAGAGUGAUUAGCAUCGCCCCCGGUCCCAUCUCGGGCACAGAGGGGUACCGUCGCUUAGUUGUACCCGGUUUGGAUUCCGGCCACUUCUUCCAGAACAUUCCCCUUCAGCGGGCCGGGAACAAGACUGAGAUUGCUCACAGUGUCCUCUAUCUGGUUAGCCCCCUCUCGUCUUACGUGACCGGCACGACGCUUGUGGUGGAUGGCGGUUCCUGGAUGACUUCAGAGAAUUCCUUUCCCUCACUGUUGGGUAUAGCUAAGCUAUAGAUUUCUGGACCACGGAACUGAAGAGAGAUAAAUGAGAAAAGGACCCCCGACAUUUUAAGAAAGUGCCUUCAGUGCUUCUCCGCAAACCGUCUGUAUGGAUAACAGCCGCUCACCUUUCCUAGUUACAAGGUAGUUUAGAUAACCGGGGCCAAGCUGGUUUGUAAGAUGGGUUUUUGUCACCCAAAGAUUGGUGAUGGUGGCACAAAAACAUUACAGACGGCAGGCAUCCUGUUCACCCACCAGCAUCCACUCUAUCCCUGGAAGGUUGGCUGAGGCCAAAGUCCAUCAGUGGCAGAAACAUCUUGGACUAUGAUUUGAUUGCUUUGUAAGCCUUUGUAUCAUUUUCACUUCAUUCUCCACCACAAUUUUGGAUCCCAGGGGUGAGUCUGCAUUUGUGGGUGACAUUAUCUGUCCCAGGUCUACACCCCUAAUAAAUAAGUACUCCGUACUUUUCAACAACC